AUGGCAGGGAUCUGUGAGGCCGCCAAAGCCACCGGUGGCAGCCCACGACUGAAGCUGUUCGGGUUCCAUAUGUCUCACAAGGAGGAGCCCGCAGGCGGUGGCGCGCCGCCGGUGGUGUCGGAAGCCGCCUCCUCUUCUACCACCGUCGCCUCAUGCGCCGCCUGGGACGGGAGGAAGUACGAGUGCCAGUACUGCUGCCGCGAGUUCGCCAACUCGCAGGCGCUGGGGGGCCAUCAGAACGCGCACAGGGAGGAGCGCCAGCGGCAGAAGCGUGCCCAGCUGCAAGCCCGAGCUGCCCACCACCAGCGGAGCCCGCGUGCCAUCUCUUCGGUGGCUCAGCCGGCGAUCUAUGCCGGGUUCUCGCGCCCCAACCCGCCCCACGACGUGCUGCAUCACUGCGCCGCUCCGGGCUGGACUUACGUUGCCGAGGGCAGUCUGACCGUAUCGCCGGCCCCACGUGGGUUGGACGGUGGCCCCGAGGGAUCCAGAGACGUGGACCUCCACCUCAGCCCGGCGCUGGCCCCACGCGGGUUGGACGGUGGCCCCGAGGGAUCCAGCGACCUGGACCUCCACCUCAGCCUCGCUCCGGCCGGGUUGUGA